UAGCAUUCGUGCUGAGGAGGUCUUGAGAGCAAGGCAUUUCUUACAGGCUGUAAUUGCACAGGGGGAAAGAAACUGGAAUACUGGGAGGGAAAGCAUCUGCAACCAGUGAGCAAGAGAAUAGCCAGCCCCGCACACAACUCCAACAAACAUAUAUCCAUUUAUCCUAAGCGCAUUUCGCUAUGCCGAGAAGAUGGCUUUUUGAAACUUGUAUUUUAACAUUUUCGAAAAAGAUCCGACGAGGGAAAACAAACUAAAGCUUUGGAAAACGACUGGCAUUUUUUGGUUUGUUUGGGGGAAAAGAAAAAAAAGAAAGAACUGUCAUUCGGGAACUUGUACCGCAUCAACCUCACCAAAAUAAUCUCCCCGCCCCUCUCUCCUCCUUUCUCCCAAAAAGGGGGACGUAGAGCGAGGGUUACAAUCGCAUCGUUGUUGGAGCUUUGGAGCAGUUAUUAGUGUGUGGAUUUUCAAAUUCUGGGCAUUAUGGAAUGCUGAACUUUCUUGUCUUGAAAGAGGGAUUUCUCCCCUUCCUUGGCUUGGCUACCCGCGCACUUUACACGUAUGAUUAAAGCAUUCGAUUUGCAUGGCCUCUCCAGAAAUAAAGGGGGCAUUGCUUCAUUAUUAGAACACAUUUCACUGAACACAAGUGCAAAUCCCGGAAUACCGCCCGAUUUGGAUGGGAGGAGAGAUCGCAGUACACUUGCAUCCAGCUGUUAGUGCCGCUGCCUCUGCCAUUGCGCUCGCUGUUAUUUUUUUGAACGAUAUUUCGCAGCGGAAAACCUGAUUAUUGUGAACUAGUGGCGUUUCUGACCACGUCCCUCGCUGAAGUUGCGCGCCAGUUAAAUCCCUACUUCAUUUUUUUUUUUUGGUUUUGUUUGGGAGAUUUUGGGACGGAGACAUGGCCGUGUUGAUGCUGUCCAGUUUUUUGAUAUGUCUGCUGGCUGUAACUUUAUCAGCCGCACAAUCCCAGGUGGUCCAAGUGGACGACCGCGUGUCCGGCUUCGUGGGCACAGAAGUGGUCCUGAGCUGCACCUUCUCAAACACCAACCCCAACGUGAAGAUCACGCAGGUCACCUGGCAGAAGCUGCUCAAUGGCACCAAGCAGAACGUAGCCAUCGCCAACCCCACCAUGGGCGUGUCCGUGCUGCCGCCGUACAAGGACCGCGUGACCUUCCGCAACCCCGCCGUGGGGUACCGCACCCCCUCCCUGGAGGAUGCCACCAUCCGCCUGUCUGGCCUGAGGCUGUCCGACGAGGCUGCUUACAUCUGCGAGUACGCAACCUUCCCAGCCGGCAACCGGGAGAACCAACUCAACCUCACCGUGCUGGCCAAACCCAUCACUCGGAUGACGCUGACCUCCCCAACUAUCACGGCCCAGGCCGGUGAGACCAGUAAGAAGGUAGUGGCCACGUGCGUCUCGUCCAAUGGCAAGCCCCCGAGCGUGAUCACCUGGGAGACAAAGCUGAAGGGGGAGCCCACCUUCCAGGAGACGCGGAACCCAAAUGGCACGGUGACCGUGCACAGCAACUACCUGGUGGUGCCGAGCCGAGAGAUCCACCGGCAGCAACUUACCUGCAUCGUGAACUACCAAAGCGAGAGGAUUACCAACAGCCUCACCCUCAACGUGCUCUAUGAGCCUGAAGUGACGAUUGAAGGAUUUGAUGGAAACUGGUACCUGAACCGACAAGACGUCAAGCUCACCUGCAAGUCUGACGCCAACCCCCCAGUCACCGUGUACCAGUGGAAGCUGCUCAAUGGUACGAUGCCCGUCAACGUAGAGGUCCUCAACAGCACCCUGUUCUUCAAGGGGCCCGUGACGCGCGACUUGGCCGGAACAUACGUGUGCGAGGCUGCCAACGUGAUCGGGACACGCUCCGGGCUUGUGGAGGUCAACGUCACAGACAAGCCCCUGCCCCAGGGUGCCCCUGGAAGAGUGAUUGGGAUUAUAGGUGGCAUCGUGGCGGCUGGGCUCAUCAUUGGCGUGGCCGUGACCGUUUUUGUGGUCUACCGUCAUCAACAGAAGAGCCGAACAGAGACAGACAAUGACCUGACGGACCUUCCUCCCGCCCAUAAACCAGCCCCCCCGCCCCCCAAGAAGAAGACCAUCGAGAUGAAAAGCCACCUGACAGCAGGCGAUAUCCAGGUGGUACAUCUGGACAAACCGGAAGAGCAACUGCAGAAAUUUCCUCUCCAGCCUCCUUAUUACGACAUGGCACCCUCUGAGUCAAGCCCAUACUCAGACACUUCGAACUCUGGGAAGCGUUACGAAGAGCUACCAAACCCGGCUGACUAUGUGAGCUACCACCACGCCUGUCUGGAGCCGCAGCCCCCUCCAGCCUACCCCCCCAUCUCCCUCCUGCCCCAGAACCCCUACACCCGGCACCCUCCCAACAGCCCUGUCUACAGGUACCCCCCUCCAGGCUCACGAGCCCCAUACAUCUGUCCCAAGGAACAGUACGUCUAACGCCCAACGUCUCUGCCCUACACUACAUGGGAAUAAGCAACAAGGAAAUGCAUACAUAAGAGAGAGAGAGUGGGAGAGAGAGACAAGUCUUUCGUGGACUGAACCUUUGUCCACGGCAUGUUGCACCAGCCUGCCACUAGGGCUUCCUGUGCUGUGCUGUGCCACACUGAUGAUGCCACCACCAUCACCACCUCCACCCUCCUCCACCGCACUCCACCCUCCUCCACCGCACUCCACCCUCCUCCACCGCACUCCACCCUCCUCCACUGCACUCCACCCUCCUCCACCGCACUCCACCCUCCUCCACCGCACUCCACCCUCCUCCACCGCACUCCACCCUCCUCCACUGCACUCCACCCUCCUCCACUGCACUCCACCCUCCUCCACCACACUCCACCCUCCUCCACCGCACUCCACCCUCCUCCACCACACUCCACCCUCCUCCACCGCACUCCACCCUCCUCCACUGCACUCCACCCUCGCUCAGCAAAACUAAAUGGGUAACAAGAGAACCUUUGCCUUUUCUUGACUUUUUUUUAUUCUUUUUGUUCUGAAUGUGUCGAAUUGCGUUCUUGUGCUUCACGCUGUUUGGAUUUCAGUGUUUUUUUUCCAUCACAUUCCGCGAAUGUAUGGGUGACUUGAUUCGUUAUUAUUUCAUUUGUUUUGCAUGAAUGUUAUGUGAGUGCUUGAGUUUAUGCGUGAGCCUGUAUGCAAACCUAAUUCUUAUUUUUUUUUACAUUAUUAUUAUUAUUAUUAUAAUUAUUAUAUUAGUGUUACUAUUAAAUACAUGGGAAGGCAGUGUCCCUUUUUUCUGGCUUACCUUAUUCUCAGUUCCUCAGUAUCAGCUCUGGUGUUUGCAUCCCUUGGAACUAGCUGCCUGUACAACCUAGUUCCACUACCGCAUUAGUGGGCUGGAAUUACAGAGGCUGUAUGUAACAGUGCUGCAGUGAAGAGACGCUCCAUUACUCAUGAACUUCCCAUUCACUUUGCAUUGAAUCUGAUCAAUCUACACCUGUAACACAGCAUCUCAAGUGGCUGUUUUAACAUACCCGGUUCUGAGUAGAAUCCUUUUUCUUAAGGGUGGGGACUUAAUCCUCCACUUAAAUCCACAUGCUGCACAGACGGGAAUAAAGAUCUGCCAUUGACAACCACCCUGCCUCUCCAAGCAAAUACCUUUAAAAUGCCAUUAAAAGAGACCCAUUUAGAAAAAUAGACAAGCGAUUUCAUACAGUCCCUGCCUGCAGUCUACGGGGGUGUGAAAAGGUUGUCCACUAGUCUUUGCAGCGUUUGAACUGCUGACCCCUGAGCCAGGACAUCGGGAUACUGCCUGUGAGGAAUAGCACGGGUAGAAAACACAGGCUUUCCUAGAGGAAGCACAGAUUUAAACCGCUCACAGUGGUAUUGCUGUCUGAUCAAUGAAAUAGAUGUGUGUUCUCACUGAAAACCUAUUGUGUUUCUUGUGCUAAAUGUGAAAGAAGACAAUUCAAAUAAAUGACUGCUUAAAUACAACCUGUUGCUUUCGCAGUGUGGCAGAGACCCAAUGCAGCACUUACUGCACAUCAAAACAGACCACACAUCAAAUAUAUAGGCAGGUACUAUUGAGAUUUGAACCCAGAAUUAUUAUUAUUAUUAUUAAUAUUAUUAUAAUAAUAAUAAUAAUAAUAAUAAUAAUAAUAAUAAUAAUAAUAAUAAUCAGUACUGUAUUUUUGCUGAUGUAAUGCAAAGAAACAAUAUUUCACAGAGACUGUACAUAUAAGAUAUGAUACAUAAACAAUGCAACGCUCCGACAAUAUUGUAUCAUUAAAGUUAAAAGGAUAAUCAGUAAUCUCCAGUUUGAACAGUAACAGUUUUAUUACAACAGUGAAGGCCGUUGUGUGGUUUUUAUAUGAACCUUGUUAAUAUAACGCAAUACUAUUUUUAGGAAGUAAUAAGGACAUUAUAUUAUUUGAUUUUUUUUCUGAAGAAACGAGUAAUGAGUAAUAACUUACUUUAUUUUCUCAGUAACGUGCCCAACACUGUGCAUAUAUGAAUCAUAGCAGAAGUGUAGUGAAGCAGUUUAUCGAAUUAUAGAGUGGGAAACGGAUUCCGGUCAAUAACAGUUCAUAAGAUGAGGUUAAAUCUAUUUAAACAGAAGAUAUUAGUGGAGAGAGUGGUCAGUGAAUGCACAGAAGUGCUGCAGAUGUGUGCCGUUCGUGUGUCGAUACUGCAGUCGUGGGGUGACCCUGAGCCUUUUGCAUUGGAUGAAUCGAUUACCUGCACUGCAGGUACUGGCGUCCCCCUCUGCAUUAUUUUGCAUGUAAUCUGCCGUUGCUGCCGUACUGUGGGUGUCUCUGAGUCACACUGUCCAAGCAACAGGUGUAUCUACUAGUGUACCUGCAGACUCCACUGUGUUACUGCACUGGCAGUGAGUUUCUCAAUGUCACCCGGGCGUCAUUGGAGAUGUCGAGAUUAUCGUAUUUCUGUUCUGCUUUUUGUAUUUUUAAAUGUGGUAUUAUUCUGUUAAUGCACCUGGCAGUGUUAUAUGUACAUUUCUUUUCAGUUUUCUUUCACCAGACAGUAUUUUUUUUUUUAAAAAUUGAGAAAAUAUUUGAAAGCGUUGCUGUAUAAUUACAAUGGUUGCCAUGUUAGUUUAUUUGGUCGUGUGUGUGUUUUAAACUUUUCUUUGUAAUUCGUGUCUGUUUUUUUCUCAUAGUUGGAAAGUAAGCUCAGUGUGAAGUGUAUGUUAGUGUCAUCUCAAGAUUUUCUGCAAAGACUUCAGUGUUAAUAUUCCUAAAAUACUUUCUGUCUAACUGGAUUUCUUUCUACUGCAUUCAGCUCAAUGCAUGAGCCAGUUUGAUCCAGGGCUCCCUUCGCAACCACCAGCUGUUCUGCAAGGUCAGCUAUCACCUGAGUGUGUUCAAUGGUCCACCAGCUUGUUUUGCAAAAACAGCUCUGAAUAAUUCCAUUGCUACAUGAGCUGUCUGAUUUCAAAACACCGUUCUUUAUUUUCUUCUGAAAUACAAACCCAGUCCUUUAAAGUUUCAGGUAAAAAAAGGAGCUCAAAAAGUUUCAGCAUCAAAUUUCACAGCACGAGAUUCAAAACCAGCGCCAGCAGAGCUGACAGGAACGUCACUUCUCUAUCACUUCAGAUUUAGCAGGACUGUUUUGUGAUUUUGAACUUGCUCUUCGUUUUCAUGCUGGGUUUCAAGUAUCUUUUAUUGUUUGGUUUGUUUCUGUUGGAGAAGAAUUCAACCCCUCAACUCAGACUACUAACAGUGCCAAAAAGCCUCUCUGUGGGUAACAUCCGUAGAGCCACGUUUCCACCACUUUGCUGGUAACACUUUAAAUUACAGGGCCUGAAUACAUUUGUAAUUACAUUGUAAUGACUAUGUAACUACCAAUUAUACCUUCUCUUACUUGGUAACUACUGUGCUAAUUACAUGUGACAAUAUUGUAUUGGUAACACCAUGGAACAGAUCAUUUCCAUGUAAUUAUAAACUUGUCCCACUCGUAGUUACCUUUGUAAAGCAGAAAACACUAGUAGUUAUUACCAUGUUGUUAUAUAGUUAUGCAUGCAUUUUACCGUCCUACUUAAUUAUAAACUGGGUGCAGCUUCCCACAUCGUACCGGGGUGCUGGUAAACUGCGGAGGUGUGCAUAUCAUUGAUCUCUGACAGCACACACAGACAUGUGGGUCAAUGAGUUCAUAAAACACAUAGGGAGCAUAAUGUGCAACCCCUAUAAAAGUUUACCGUGGUACAUUUGUGCAGUAAUUAUGCAGACUCCCCCGUGCUUUUCUCAUGUCUGUACCAAGCACGUACCAUGUUUUCUUAGCUGUACUUUCACAGUGCUUGUCUCUGAUUCACUACACUUCGACUGUGCUUUUACCAUUCGGUGAACUUUUAUAAUGCAGGUUGAUACUGAAGGCCUUGCUGCUGCUUCAUGUUGUUGGAUUUUAUAUAUUUGUUUAAUUAAGUAUUUAUUUAUUUGUUAAGGCAUUGCGGGAACUCUUGGGGUGUGCUUUAGUUGUUGUAAUUUUAGAUGUGGAGAUCUGGAGGCGAGAGAUUAGUUCUUACACUGACGUGACUGAGUUGUGUUCAGGCUAGCCUUAGGCCCCUAGCUUUUGAAGGCUUGUUUUUUAAUAAAGCAGGCCUGUAUCACUGUUUUGCCCCCUUAGUGGGAUAUUCAACUAUAAUAUACAGUGGUGCUUUAUGACCGUUUGCCAUGCCAACCCACUGUCUUUCGUCAACAGCAGCAAAUCUAAUUAAAAACUGUGCCGCCAACUCAAAAAACGCGAGCGAGCCUGAACGCAUCACAAAAAACAAAAAAAAAGCAAAUUAGCUCCUGCACUGUAACACAAUGUGGCAUGACGAUGAAUUUGUUAGUGUAAUUUUUCAUUAUUAAUAUUAUUAUUUUAAUCUGUAGUCUCAUAUUUCUGUGAACUUCUCCAGUGGUUUUUAUUUUCACUGAGUACUCAACUGAGCCAUUGCUUUUGGAGUUAUCUUAAAAGGGAAAGCAAAAUGUAUGUCCAUUAAAGAUUGAAGUAUCAAA